AUGAAACUUUGCCUCAUGCGUCAGUGCUUCAGUGGCGUAGGUGGUUCCAAUGUGGAAGGGAAAGUGUGGGAGAUUGUGUACGUGUUGGGUGCCCCAGUUCAACUCAUCUACCUAAGUUCGAUUACCAAGUCCGACUACGGCAAUCUUUCUUUGUUCCAGAUCCUCAUCGUUUUCGCCGUGGCGGCGAUCGCCUCUGCGGGUAUUAUUCUUGACGGCGGCCAUGAUUACGGCGGUGGUGGUGGCUUUGGCGGUGGUGGCUUUGGCAGUGGUGGCGGCGGCGGUGGAGACGACAUUGGCGUAGCUUCCAUCUCGUACGUCAAAACCCCCGUUGUGAGCGUAGGCUACGUCGCCAAGCCUGUAGUAAGUUAUGUGGCGAAGCCGGUGGCCACCGUUUCCCACGCCAUCAAGCCCGUUGUAACGUAUACAAGCAUCUCUAGCGGCGGUGGAGGUUUCGGCAGCGGUGGUGGUGGCGGCGGCUACGGUGGUGGCCAUGGAGGAGGAUGGCCCUGGCAUUAG